AUGGAACAGUUAAACCUGACCACGAUACCCACAACAGUGCUCUCGGACACAGAAACUGACGACGAAGAUGGACGUUUCUUUCAAGUAGAUCAUUUGGCGCUUGCUUCUAGCAUGUCCACUCUCGAUGUACGAGAGGAUGGUAUAUCACCGACUGAGAAUGAAGACAAGGAAUGGUUGAUAAACAACAAACGUAGUCAGAAAGUAGCGGAACCGAACAGAGAACAUAAAAGACGAGCAGACGGUUUGAGCGCGGACAAAAUGGAAAAAACACUUAGAAUGUUGGCUAUGGCUUGCGCAUGUACUUUUGGUGUCGGAAGUCAUUUUUCGAGUCAUAUAAUUGGACCACUUAAGGGCAUUCUUAUGGAGCGCUUAAACCUCACAAACACCCAAUUCUCUCUCCUUAUUGCCUCUCUAACUCUCUGUAACACGGUAAUACCAAUCGUCUCUGGACUAUUAAUCGCAAAAGUAGGAACAACGAACAGUUCGAUAGUGGUCACUACUGUAAUUCUGAUAGGGAUGAUUGUUGUCACGGCUGCUAGUUGGUCUGGGCAAGUGUGGGCAAUGAUUGUAGGAUUUGCUGUGUUUGGCAUGGGCCUAGCUCCAUUAACCAUAAUCCAAGAAACAAUCAUAGUCCAAUUCUUUCAAGGCAAUGGUUUGGGCUUUGCCCUGGCUUCUGGGUUGACAGUGGGAAAACUAGCAUCCUUUCUUGCCUCCAUAACUGCUGUCCCGCUUUCCUUAAGCGGAGAGCUUUCUUACCGUACUCCUUUUAUAGUCGCAACAUUCACUUGCUUCCUCUCAUGGAUAAUGAAUAUAAUAUAUUUAUUCCUUUUAAGACAUGCUGGGAAUAGAAAAGGACAAGGGAAUGACGGAGCCUUAUUCCAUAAAGUCAUGGAGAAGAAGACCGUGCACUGGAGUGCGAUAUUCGAGUUGUCGAAUAUGUUCUGGUGGUAUUUGGUUGUUGUACUAUUGUUUGGAACCGCGAUGGUGCCAUUUAUACAUUUGUCGAGCGUUUGCAACAAGGAAAUGGGACAGGAUGUGGGAAAGAAUGACAUAACAAGGGAGAUUGACGAUAUCGAAAUCCACAAUAUCGUCAAACAUCGGUUCGACCAGUCGGACUUGAUUGCUGCAUGGGAUGCGUCUUUAAUCUUAUUACUGCCCGUCGCUGUAUAUCCUUUUCUCGGACUAUUUCUCGACAAGCAUGGAAAACGAUGUUUUAUAUCAUUCGCUCUUGCCCCUUUAACAGUAGUAAGCCUUGUUCCUCUUCUUACAGAACAUGUGUCCACUGGUCUCGGACUGUACAAAUCUCUAGAUAAUAUCGGAGCAACACUAAGCCAAACAGUAGCUGGUCUCGUUCUCGACGCCCAUGCCAAGCACAUCAACUACACCAAAUCUCCAGAUGGCAUCGAACUCGGACACGAAAACGAUGAUCUAGGAGCUUUGCGAUUAUUUGCUGCAUUGAGUUUCCUUUGCGUUGUUGCAGCUUUGAUAUUCUGGUGGCAAGACAAAACAUACGAAAAUGGACGUAUAAAUUCCAGAGAUGAUGGUAGUCACUAUCAUGAUACUGCCAAAUAUGGACAUUUGGGAGAUGAGGACGUUACAAAUGGGACGAGUAUGAUGGUCAUGGAGGACGAAACCAAUUAUUCAAAGGAGGCAUUAUCGAAAAGAAGGAAGAGAAGCGUGAUCUAUGUUGGGUUACUGAUAAUAUUGCUUGUAAUCUGUUGGGGAUUGUUUGCUGUGGUAGCUAUAAAGAAAGCUAAUGUACAUCGGGUUGAGCCCGGAAAGAAUUCAACUGUUACAGCAGAACAGGAUUGA